AUGGAUUCCAUUGGAAUACAGGACUACGUGGAAUGUUUGUCUACGUUUAUCCAAUCCUUGUCUCCGGCACAAACUCGAAUACAGCAACGGAAGGUUUUCAUACCCACUGAACUCCUAACUUGUUCGCACGUCUUUAUUCGAGCUGAUGCGAUACGUAAACCGUUACAACAGCCUUACGAAGGAACUUUUCGAGUUACUUCGCGUCACGAAAAGGUCUUCAAGGUUGGUCGACAUGGUCGCGUCGAUACCAUUAACAUCGAACGGCUCAAGGCAGCAUAUGUCGACGAUGACAUAGUGUACGCCAGUUUGAGACUCGAUGUUAUUCCUUACGGCUGA